GAAAGAUGCUGCCAGCCCCGUGUGGCCCAGACUGGUGGGCCGCCUCUCGGCCAUGCUUCAGGAGGACAUGCUCCCUGCACGGGGUGCGGCCAACAUCUUCUGGGCAAAUGGCAUACUUUCUGAGAAAGUGAGAGAGUGCGACGAGCUGCUGAUGGAGUUGGCCGGCUAUGUAGAAAGGCAUGUUGGCACCAUGAACCCGCAAGAGCUUUCCAGCUGCUUUGUGACCGGAGUCAAGGCAGAGAACAUGAGUCCUCAUCAUUUGUCGAACAGCCUGUGGGCACUUGCGAAUUUGCAUGAUGCCGCGCCACAAGCGCUGACAGCUGUGCCAGCCAUCGAAGAGCACAUACCGCGCAGGGUGAAAAGCAUGAAGCCCCAAGAGUUGUCAAGCAGUCUGUGGGCAGCUGCGAAUCUGCAAGAUGCAGCACCGCAAGUGCUGGCAGCCGUGCCGGCCAUCGCAGAGCACAUGCCGCACAAGGUAGAAGACAUGAACCUGCAGGAGUUGCUGAGCAGCUUGUGGGCACUUGGGAACCUUCAAGAUGCUGCACCACAUGGGCUGACAGCUGUGUCAGCCAUCGCACAUGGGAUUUCUAUCAAGGUUUAUCAGGGGCCAUUCCCGCCGUUGACGAAGAUCCUGAGCACGCGGUCUGUGGUGCUAUCAGCUGACAG